GACGUGUUCUUCCAGCGCCCGGUUGUGAGGAAGUGUUGACCCACUGGAGCGUUUGGAAGGCGCCGGGCGGAGCAGAGUUAGUGCUGCGUUCAAGAGGUGAACGAGAGAAAGGGUUACCCGGUUGGUGUUUUCUUAUUCUGGGUUUAUCUUCUGCUUGGUCAAGAACUAUGUCAUGGAUCAAAGAAGGAAAGCUGUCACUGUGGGAGCGGUUCUGUGCCAACAUCAUAAAGGCAGGUCCAAUACCCAAACACGUUGCAUUUAUAAUGGAUGGGAACCGUCGCUAUGCCAAGAAGUGCCAAGUAGAUCGGCAGGAGGGCCACUCACAUGGCUUCAACAAGCUGGCUGAGACUCUUCACUGGUGUUUGAACCUGGGCAUCCGAGAGGUGACCGUCUAUGCGUUCAGCAUUGAGAACUUCAAACGCUCCAAGAGUGAAGUAGACGGGCUAAUGGAUAUGGCCCGGCAGAAAUUCAGCCUUUUGAUGGAAGAAAAGGAGAAACUGCAGAAGCAUGGGGUGUGUAUCCGGGUCCUGGGUGAUCUGCAUUUGCUGCCCUUGGAUCUCCAGGAGGUGAUUGCACAAGCUGUGCAGGCCACCAAGAACUACAACCAGUGUUUCUUGAACAUCUGCUUUGCAUACACGUCCCGUCACGAGAUCAGCAGUGCUGUGAGAGAGAUGGCCUGGGGAGUGGAGCAAGGACUACUGGAUCCCAGCGAUGUCUCUGAGUCUCUGCUUGAUAAGUGCCUCUAUACCUACCACUCUCCUAAUCCCGACAUCCUGAUACGGACUUCCGGGGAAGUGAGGCUCAGCGACUUCCUCCUCUGGCAGACUUCCCACUCCUGCCUGGUGUUCCAGCCCAUUCUGUGGCCAGAAUACAUGUUUUGGAACCUCUGUGAGGCCAUCCUGCAGUUCCAGAUGAACCAUAGCAUGCUUCAGCAGAAGGCCCGAGACAUGUACGCAGAGGAGCGGAAGAGGCAGCAGCUGGAGAGGGACCAGGCUGCAGUGACAGAGCAGCUGCUGCAGGAGGGGCUCCAGGCCAGUGGGGACGCCCAGCUCCGACGGACACGCUUGCACAAACUCUCAGCCAGACGGGAAGAGCGAGUCCAAGGCUUCCUGCAGGCCUUGGAACUCAAGCGGGCUGACUGGCUGGCACAUCUGGGCACUGCAUCAGCCUGAGUGAGGCUGGCCUCCUGCCACUUUGCCCUGCCCUCCGCCGCAAGGGCCCCACUCCCCUUUCUUUUCUUGGUGAAGGGUACCUCCCUCCUGAUGAUGAAUUGUGUUCCCUUUGCUUGGUGGGGAGCCCCUGAGGCCGGUUUAUGCGGGCCAUAGAUACCUUUGGGUUGCCUGGGACAGUAGCCCCUGGGGAGGGUUAAGGGUGAGAGUCUCCCACAAGUACACUAAACCCAGCUCUGGUCACCAAUAAGUUUGGAGAGCAGGGGGCCCCCGGCUCUUCUGCUGCCUGCUCCUUCCGCUUUUGCCACCUCUACCUGUGCUCCUAAAUGCACUUUCUUUUUCCACCAGCACAACCUUCAACACAGAAUAGCGGGGAAUAGGUCUCCCCAAAACCCUCGUCCUGAACCCAUCCAUCUUAGCCUUGCACUCGACUUUCACAAAAGAUUUGGCUCCACCUCACGUCUGCUGGUAAAUAGCUAAUAGGCAGCCAGCGUCAUUUGGGCAAGGAAGGGGAGAGACAGAAAAUUUGCCCAUCUGCUGCUCCUCCCCCUCGGCUCUCCACCUGGGAUUUGCUAUUGAAUCUCUACCCCUCCCACCACGCAGUGCUGAUUGCUCAGUGAAAGGCUCAGCGCCCCCAAUGGCGCACGGAAGCCAGGCGGUGAUUACAAUCCAAUUACCUAUUGUCGACUCAGCCCACACAAGCUUUCCUCCUCCUCUUGCAGGGCAUGGGGCCAGGCUCCGCUCCCCAAUGAGACCAGCCCCCUCUAAGGCUCCAGGGUAACAGAAGAGCCUGUAGGCCCUGGUGAAUCUAGUCCAGUACAGGCCUCCUUUCUUGGAACACAUCAGGACCAAGAGCACAAAAACAAGCACUUGUUGUUUUUUGUGUUGUGUUUUUUGUGUGACUGCCUCCUGCCCUCACCAUCUCAGACUCUGCUUCCCACCUCCUCAAUCUUUGAGGCUUCUCUCAGCUUUUUGACGUGGCCCCCUAUAUAGGCCUUGAGACAAUUCUCAGCAUGGCAGUCUCAACUUGUGAGGGCCAAGGCUGCCCAGCAGGAAGAAGAGGGUUGAGUUAAGGGCUCUGUCCUUUCCCUUCUCCCUGCCAGGCCUCACUGCAGAUAGGAUUAGUGCCUUUGAAGAGCUGUCUGCCUGAGCACCUCUGCUUCAGGUGCCCCAUAGCAGCAAGCACCAGCCAGUAAUACCAACCAAUGGCUACUCUGUUUAGUCUUGCCAUUUUACUUUCUGCAAACUGUUUCCCCAGGAUCUCCCUCUAGGGGAGGGAUGGGGUCUAGCAAGCAGUCCUAAGUAUACUUUUUAACCCUGACUUUCCUAUACUCUUAAGUCUUCUCCCUGCCUUCCUGUGCCUGGAUACCUGGCACAAGAGACCCCUUGGCCAUUAUCCCUGCUCCUAGAAUCAAACUUAAAUGCCAGACACUGCGAUUGAGAAGCCAGUCAAUGCACCCUUUGGCAAGCCCCCCAAACACCUGGCACGGGGUUCCCAGAGAGCAGGUGCUAUACAUUUUCCAGCUUUACAAUGGGGCUGUUGACAGCCUUAAUUAGGGAGGCAUGAAUUAUGGGGCUAUAAUGCAGAGCCCUACAAUUAAGGCGGGAAUGAGGGGCUGGAGGCAGCAAAAGAAUCUGCCCUGUGAGCAUGGCCGAGUCCUGUCUCCGUUCUGGGUUUCCCCUAAUAUGAUUGGGGUUCAGCAGAAGUGAUUAAUGGGGCUGGUAUCUCUAUUGCCUGAGGUCCUGUAUUCUGGGAAAAGUACAGAAUGGGGUGGGGUGGGGAGGGGCUGACCCAGGAGCACUGUAGGGGAUGGAAGGAGAAGAGGCUGAGGAACCACGGCUGCCCAGGAGCAGGGGCUGCAAAUAGUUGAUCUGAACAACUUCUGGUUGUGCUCUACCGGUAUGACUUGUACAAACCAGCCUCCACCCUUGCCUCAAUAAACUAGGUGGACCUAGUUUAAAUGUCCUCCCACCUGUGAGUCAA